CCUCACAUUUACCAUCUGUCAACAAAAGUCAACAACUCAAACAAACAAAAAAUGGGUUCAGAACACUCAUCAUUUUCAAACAACCCCCAAAGACAAGGUAGCUUGAACACAGAUUCUCAGGGCAAACAAAUGGGAGCUAUUAAGCGUCAGCACACUAUAGCAAAUCCCGGAUCGUCUCAAGACAACUUGGAGGAAAAUGGGGAGAAUUUUCGUUCGAUUUCUCCUGGCCCUUCCGUUUGUAGCGACGUAGACUUGCCUUAUAUCAGUUACACAGUUAACCGACCUAUUGGAGAUUCCCCCAAGAUGCCGACAAGCAAACAGUUAAUAAAGGGUAAAAGCAGCAAUAGGAGACAAAUACAAUCUAAACAAUCCAAAGUUAAAAGCUCACAUAAUAUUGUAGUUGUUAGAGGUGCAAACAAUGGUCAAAACACAGAAAAAGAUCCAGAUGUUGUUCGGUUACAAGGUAUCCCAAUGUUUUUACCAAUUAUGAGGGCCACAUUGAGUCUUCCAGCAGCAAGAGAUCCAGAAGUGCUAGAAAGAUUGGACCCUUCACCAUUCAGAAACUUGUGUCUUAGAUACCAGCACCAUUUAACGGCAGCAGCAAAUCUUGUAGCCACUGAACAAAAUCAAAUAACUCAAAAAGUUCGCGAAGUCGAUUCGGAACUGAACAAAAUAGUUGCGACAACAGUUGACAGACAAAAACGUUACGCAAAGUAUGCGGAAAAGUUGGCCAAAGUACAAGAAUUGUCACACCAGUUAAAUAAGUGUCACAUGUUAUUAAAUCAAACCCUUGAAUCAAUGGAGACGUUAAAUAAUUAUCUAGAUAUUAAUGAUAGGUUGGAACCUUUUGUUUGGACCACAGGAUAAUAAAAUUGAAAUUUCAAAUGUUCUAGUCAGUUAAAAUUGGUUAUGUAACGCCAAUUUUAUGCACAUUCCACAGUUGGUUGUAUAAUUUAUGAUGAUUGUUAAUUAGCAUUAGGUUCAAUUGUUUGUUGUAAUUUUAACAAUAAAUAAUUACGCUAAAAUUUGUUACAGUUAAGUAUUUAAUGAAAUAAAACAAAAUAAUGAAUUUUAACA